AUGGAUGACAAAGAACAGAAAUCCCACCAUCCACGACAAGCUGGUGCAAAGAAAGAGAAAAAGGAGAAAAAACAUAAAAAGAGCGAUGAGAGACAUAAUCCGAAAGCGUUUGCUCCAUUCUCUGGACGAAAAGCUGAGAAACUCGCUCGACGAAAGCAAGAACUUAGUCAAAAGAAACUCCAUGUUCCGCUUGUUGAUAGAACACCUGUUGUACCGCCUCCUGUAAUUGUAGCGGUGGUUGGACCGCCUAAAACCGGCAAAACUACACUGAUAAAGUCGCUUGUGAAGCGAUAUUCUAAACAUAAUUUGACUGAAGUGAAAGGGCCAAUCACCGUUGUUAGUGGCAAACAUCGGCGAUUGACAUUUAUCGAAUGUGCGAACGACAUGAAUUGCAUGAUUGACAUUGCAAAAACUGCAGACUUGGUAUUACUAUUGAUUGAUGCAAGCUUUGGCUUUGAAAUGGAAACAUUCGAAUUUCUCAACAUACUCCAAGUCCAUGGAUUUCCAAAAAUCAUGGGAGUCCUCACCCACCUCGACAAAUUCAGAAAUAACAAAACCUUACGCACCACAAAAAAACAACUUAAACACCGAUUCUGGACCGAGAUCUACCAGGGUGCGAAAUUAUUCUAUCUCUCGGGGAUAAUCAACGAUCGAUACCCGAACCAAGAAAUUCAGAAUUUGUCGCGUUUUAUUUCGGUCAUGAAGUUUCGACCGUUGAUUUGGCGAAAUACGCAUCCAUAUUUAUUGGCGGAUCGUGUUGAGGAUUUGACGGAUCCGGAGCAAGUUCGGCAGAAUCCUAUUUGUGAUCGGACCGUCACUUUGUAUGGAUAUUUGCGUGGAACUAAUUUGAAGACUAAUAUGAAGGUCCAUAUACCAGGUGCCGGAGAUCAACAUUUGGCCGAUAUUUCUGUGCUGCCGGAUCCUUGCCCGCUGCCCGAUAAAGUACGAAGAAGCUUGAGUGAAAAGCAAAAACUUAUUUACGCGCCGAUGUCAGAAGUUGGAGAUCCUAGUCCUCCACAGGGACCUGGCGAAAGAAUGGUUAUCGAGUUGCAAGAUGCCCCUGAUACUCUUUCAUCAAAAUUGGAAGCUAGUGAACUUCGGAUUUUUGCUGAUUCUGCACCAAUAACUGCUGCAAAUAUUGACGAAGAGGAAAAUUCAAAAGGUCCAAUUGAAUCGAAUGAACAAGACUCUCAAGGGCGUUUUCGUCGAAGAGCAAUUUUUCGAGAAAAAGCUAACGGUAGUUUUUCUAGCAAAGAUGAUUCAUUUGAUGAAGACUUUGAUAAACUGUCUGGUCAAUCUAAGUUAUAUGUGGAAGACAGUGAUCAAAACGUAGAAGAGGGAUUAAAAGAAGUGGAAGUUUCGCCUGAACAAAAUGAGGUGAACAAAAGAGUUGCCUUCACCAAAACUGAAAUAAGACUUGAUAAAGGAGAUGAAAAUGAAAUUUCUUUCGCCGAAAGUGACAGCGAUCUCGGUGAUCUUUCCAAUAGUGAACUAGAAGACAAUAAUGAUUCAGAUAUUGACGGUGCGCUACGUUGGAAAUCUAAGCUUGCGGAAAAAGCUAAAGAAAUGUUUAUCGCCAACAGAAGGCAAAAUCUCAUGCAACUUAUUUAUGAUGAUGAGAACGAUGAAUUCUUCUCUAUUAAGCGUGAAGAUAAAAAAGGCGGAUCGCUGAAUUCGGUUGAUUCUGUUAAAGCUGGUUUUGAUGAGAUUCAUUUGAACGAGUGGGAUGAAGAACAAACUUUACAAUCGAUAAGAAAUCGAUUUAUAACCGGUAGUUUGGAAGACUCCACGUUCAAAGACGUUGAAACCGGCAAAAUCGUAAAAGCUGUCGAUACAUCUCUAAAAACCAAAGAGCUACUAGAAUUCGAAGAACUCGCACGCAAAAAACAAGAACUCAAAAAAAAGUUCGAUGCCGAAUACGACAAAGAAGAUGAUGAUGACACAAAAUUAGAUUACUACGACGAAAUAAAAGAAGGGAUCGCCAAACAGCUACAGCUAAAUCGUGACGAGUUCGAAGAAGACGACGAAGUCACACGUGCUAUGGUAGAAGGAUUCCGACCUGGCUCGUAUGUACGAAUAUUGCUAAAUAAUAUACCAGCAGAGUUUGUGAAAUACUUUGAUCCUGUGUAUCCGAUCAUUCUUGGCGGAUUGUUGAAUACGGAAGAAAAUUUGAGUUUUAUUCAGGUACGAUUAAAAAGACACAGAUGGCAUAAAAAAAUUCUGAAAACGAAUGAUCCGCUUAUUUUUUCGAUGGGUUGGCGGCGGUUUCAAACGAUUCCGCUUUAUUCCCUUAAUGAUGGAACACGCGACAGAAUGCUCAAAUAUACACCAGAGCAUAUGCAUUGUAUAGCUACUAUUUUUGGUCCUAUUCAUCCUCCAAACACUGGUUUUUGUGCUGUACAGUCUGUUUCUAAUGACAACACGUCAGCUUUUCGUAUAAGUGCAACAGGCGUAGUCCUCGACAUCAACCACUCAGUUGAAAUCGUAAAAAAACUAAAGUUGACUGGCACCCCGUACAAAAUCUUCAAAAACACCGCCUUCAUCAAGGAUAUGUUCAAUUCUGCGUUGGAAGUAGCAAAAUUUGGGGGAGCGGGAAUUCGGACUGUUUCUGGAAUUCGUGGUCAAGUUAAAAAGCCAUUGCCGAAACCAGAAGGACACUUUCGCGCUACAUUUGAAGAUAAGAUCUUGAUGAGCGACAUUGUUUUUCUAAGGGCCUGGUACCAAGUCAAACCUAAAAAGUUUUAUAAUCCCGUCACGUCGUUAUUACUUUCCACAAAGACUGAUUGGUCGGGGAUGCGAUUGACUGGGCAACUUCGCAGAGAAUACGGGAUUCCUACACCAUCAAACCCUACUUCAACUUACAGGCCUAUAGAGCGACCAAUCCGUCGAUUCAACCCGCUCCUAAUACCCAAAAGUCUUCAGUCAGAACUUCCAUUUGCAUCAAAACCAAAAGACUUGAAAAAACGCUCGAGACCGACAUACGUACAAAAACGUGCGGUCGUCUUCGAACCAGAAGAGAAGAAAAUCUACACUUUGAUGCAGCAGAUUCACACCCUCAAAAAAGAGAAAGAGAAAAAGCGUAAAGAGAAACAGGCGAUACGGCGGAUCGAACAUAGCAAAAAAGUGGCGAAACAGGAUGCUGUUGUUAUGGAAAAAGAAAAAGAAAGUAGGAAACGGUUUUUCAAGAUGCAGGGGUUGAUGGCUACUAAAAGAAGUGGCGGUGAAAGAUCUUCAAAGAAGGCGAAAACGAAACAUGUGGAUGAAUAA